AAUUUUGAAGACUUUGUAAACUUUGCAUUAAUUUUUACCAAACACACUUUUACCUGUAUACCCUGUACUGUAUGACAUGACAUGACUGUACAUGUUGACAAGUACACUAAACUGUGAUGUUCCUAACCUAACCUACCAUUCCACUGAUAAAGAAAGAAAUGUUUUGGGGUUUCGUUUUCAUUUUUAUUUUUUAUCAAGAUGUUACCUUCGUCAUUCGUGUAAAAUAUUCGUUGAAACAAAAGUGAUUCUGAGAAUUGUUCUGUAAUUAUUUCGUUUUCUAAGUUUAAAAAUAUUUUCAUAUUUACCAAUAACGCAAUAACUCUAGUGUUCGUUGAUAAUCUCACCUAAGGCUCUGACUUUCUAGCGUAAUUUUGAAUAAUUUUGAUCAUUUUCCAUUCGAUAUCAUUUGCAUAAUAUACUGAGUCAAGGAUAGAAAAUGGCCCAAACCACCGCUCCCGUUUACGACCUUACUUGUCCAAGUCCUGUGACACUGAAAGAAAUUUCAGCUAUCGCACUCGUUGCGGAAUUAUGGCGUGAAGAAAUCGUAACUUGGGAUUCAUGUAAGUUGAAAGAUGAUAUUGCGCUGAAAAAGAUGAUCCCCAAUGUUCCAUCGCUAAUUUACAAUUUAGUGCUCGAAUACAGCUACAAGUUCAAAUUAUCAAUUAAAAUUUUUUUUCGUUCAAAGUUAGAUCACGGCAUCUGGAUUGGUUCAUUUUUUGAUUUUCACAGUAAAUCGUGCAGUAAAUACUUUGGGUCUGUGGACAGUUUUAAUGAUUUUGUAUGGGACCAGAAUGGUGCUUUGCAUUAUGUUAGAACGGUCAAACAAAUGAUCCGGUGCGAUCAACUCACUGAUUUGGAAAAAUUUGUACUUGCGUACAAAUUUUGUAUAGAAGAUGACAUUAGACGAAUUUGGCCUUUAGUCCGCUGCCGCCUCCAUUUGACUCAAAUAAGGUUCGAUGAAAGGCCACUACUGUUCUACUGGAUAUGCUUGCUUAGUAACGAACUACACAAUCUACCGAAUCCUCACGAUGUACCAAUCGAUGAGUUGAUGCUUAAUAAUUGCAGUGAUGGAUGCUUUUAUUCUUUCGAGUACUUUUGGAAUCGUACACCCUACGAAAGGCGAUCAAAAGCAACCAUCUGGAUGUCUCUGAAAGAUCCCGGUUCAUUCGCAAAAUUUAUAUUACAAAGAUUGAACGAUUUCGAACUAAACGCAUUUCUCGCUGAAAGAGGUGUUGAUUUCAUGAUUUCUUUGGUCCUAAAUGAGGAAAUAUACCACGUUUUUCCUGCUUGGAUAUACAUUAGAAACAAAAUGAACAAAAGUCAGUUCGUCCGAUUUAUCGAGAUACUGCUGGAAAAAGAGACUUCUCGCUUCACAGUUCAUAAACGAUUGAAAUCCAUGGAUAUAAUUAAUAUAUUCUGUGAAAUAUGGAAAAAUUCUCCCGAUAAUUUGAAACGAUGCGCAUUGAUUAACGAUGUGUUAUCGAAUGAAGAAUUGUUCAUCAGAAAAGAGCGAGGUCCAUCUGAACCUAGAGAAAUGAGAAUCCUAAUCACAAUUCUGUUGGAUGCAAGUUUUGAACAAAGGCACAAAUUUUGGUGCAAGAAUUGGCGUAAUUUGAUUAAUGGUGCUCGUGUCGAAGAUCUACUGCGAGUAAUGAAGUUAUGUUUCCGGGGCGAAAGUGAUAUAAGCUCAUUUAAAAAGCAAUAUAUGUCUGAAUACGAAAAUAUCGGCCCAUAUUGCAUCGAGUUGCUACACAAGGGAUGUUUCGAGGAAUUGUGCAAGUUUUUGUUUUUUUGUUGUUCGGAUGAGCAAAAAGUAAGGGAGCUGAAACAGCAACUGUUGAGAUCAAACUUUCUCGGUGAAAAUUCUAUUCUUUGUAACAAGUUGAUUUCCUGUAAAUAUACUGAGUUGAAUGCGUUCGUCGAAGAUGCUUUCGAGGACGUCGAUCUUCGAAUUGAAUUCAAAAAUCAAUUGGUUUCAUUUAUUCGCGAUGGGAGCUUCGAUUGCGUAAUGCAAUUCUGUGAAAUAUUUGCACCGGAAGAACCAGUUGUUAGUGAUCUGAAGCAACGUUUGUUGGGUGAAGUCAAGGAGCUAUUGGUCUCUGGUAAAUUUUGGAUAACAGACAAAUUUCUCAACUUCUUGUUGGGUAAUGAAGAUGAGAUUAGAAAAUUCAAACAGUCGUUACCAGUGGAUGAUAUUUUUUGUAAAAUGAUCUCACAGAUUCGGUUGAAGAAUCCGUACCAAAAUUUCGAUGGUUCUUGGGAGACAUACCUUGAUACUCAUCCUGUUUGGUUGGAUGAUUUUCUAGAGUGGCAUUCUAAUAAUGAAAGGGUGAUUACAUUUUUAAACUGGUAUUUUAACAAUAAUGCCGAAGAGAUUCGAAAAAUUAAAGAACGGCACUCUGAUAGGUUGACGGUGUUCGAUAAAUUAAUAUCCAUGUCUUCGCGGUGAUAGAAAAUACUAAUAGUAUUGUUUCUUGGAACUUUUUCGUGUUCAAAUUAUCGAGAUAGAAAGUAAUUAUGUGUGAUCUUUUAUGAAAGACUGAAGUAUUUUUUUUUCAAUUGUUAUUAUUGGUAUUCAGUACUAUGUACUUAUUAUUUAUUAUGGUUUUUGUAAAGUUGUAAUAAUGAUUUUACUAAGUACCUACCUAUUUUAUUUUAUUAUUCUUGAGGUACCUACCUAAUAAACCCAUUGAGUUAUUGACUGCUA